AUGAGUAAUAAAACCGAGAGUCCCCCUAUUAUUGAAACCUCAGAAGUGGAUUCUGCUGUACCACUUAGUAAAAAUGAACUCAAACGUCGUCUAAAAGCCGAAAAAGCAGCAAAAGCCAAAGCUGAAAAAGCUGCUAAAAAAGCGGCUGAAGCUUUACAUACACCUAAAAAAACAGCAACUCUUGCAGAUGAAGAAGAAUUAGACCCGACUGCCUAUUUUUUCAAUCGGGAAAAGAUGCUAAGUGAACUUGAAACCCAAGGAAUCAACCCUUACCCUCACAAGUUUCAUGUAUCCAUUUCAUUACCUGAAUUUCAUGAAGCAUAUGGCAAUCUUGAAGCUGGUAGCCAUUUAACUGAGAUUGUCUCCGUUGCUGGUCGACUUCAUAGUAAACGUUCUUCUGGAUCAAAAUUGGUCUUUUAUGAUCUUCGUGCCGAUGGAAAAAAGCUUCAAAUCAUGUCGGACAUUGGAUCCUAUGAAAAUGACCAAGCUUUUCUCAAAAUUCAUAGUAUUUUACGUCGUGGAGAUAUUGUGGGGGUCCAAGGGUAUCCUGGUAAAUCAAAAAAGGGGGAAUUAUCCAUUUUCCCACAACAAUUGGUACUCUUGUCUCCUUGUAUGCACAUGCUGCCAAAAAGUCAUGCUGGACUUACUUUACAACAGGAUACACGGUAUCGUCAAAGGUACUUGGAUCUUAUUAUGAAUGAUGAUACUCGUAGCGUCUUUUACACUCGAGCCAAGAUCAUUAACGUCAUUCGUCGAUUUUUAGACGAUAAGAAUUUUCUGGAAGUUGAGACUCCAAUGAUGAACAUGAUUGUUGGAGGGGCUACUGCAAAACCUUUUGUUACGUACCACAAUGAUCUACACAUGAACUUGUUCAUGCGUGUGGCUCCAGAGCUGUAUUUGAAGCAAUUGGUGAUUGGUGGACUGGACCGAGUGUACGAGAUUGGACGUCAGUUCCGUAACGAAGGUAUUGACUUGACUCACAAUCCAGAAUUUACCAGCUGUGAGUUUUACAUGGCCUAUGCGGACUACAAUGAUCUCAUGACGAUGACGGAGAAAUUGUUCUCCGAGAUGGUGAAGGAGAUCACUGGAAAAGCGACAGGUGUCACGAUCCCGAUUGAUGAUCCCGAGAAGUGUGUGGCUGUUUUAGAGGAACAAGUGACCAAGUAUGAGCUCGAGUGCGCUCCGCCUCGCUCAAUUGCUCGUUUGCUGGACAAGCUGGUGGGCCACUUUAUUGAGGACAACAAGGCUUACUGGGCCAAGCCGUUCUUCAUCAUGGACCAGCCAGUGUAUAACUCGCCACUGGCCAAGUAUCACCGCACAAAGCCAGCACUCACGGAGCGUUUCGAACUGUUCUUAGCUGGAGCGGAGAUUUGCAACGCUUACACGGAGCUGAACAACCCCAAGGUGCAGCGUGAGCGCUUUAUCGAGCAGAUGGAGCAGGCUGCCGCUGGUGACGAUGAGGCCCAGCCACACGACGAGUCCUUUUGUACAGCCAUGGAAUAUGGUCUGCCACCUACUGCUGGAUGGGGCUGCGGUGUCGACCGUCUAACCAUGUUUUUGUCCAACCGCUUCAACAUUAAGGAGGUAUUGCUCUUCCCUGCCAUGAAGCCGGACGAACAGGUUGGUCCGAUGCCUUCAGCCAGUGGCUCGUCCUCGCUGCUUUCUACCACGGGUUCUGUAGCUCUGGAUGUGCUGGAAAAGCGUCUGGCUGGAUCUACUUUUGUGAAUGGCUCGUCCCCCUCGAAGGACGACACGGCUGUGUUUGAGCGCGUCAAGGUUGUGGGUAAGGAUAUCUUGACCAAGUACCCAAAUGUCGAAAAGUGGCUGGACUUUGUGACUGCGUUUCCCAACGAACUGCGUGCCAAGUGGUAA